AUGGAGCACGCCGCCGUCUCUUGUGUUUUCGCGGGGAACGCUGUUUACGGACGUGUGUUUCAGUAUCUGAAUGUGGGUGGAUUUCUUCAGCUGCUCCGGUGUCUGGAAGAAAAGCCGCUGUCGGAACAACCCGUGGGGCAAGGUCCAUCCUGGACCGCCGGACAGCGCGCCGCACGCCGCACGCCGCACGCCCACCGGCAGUGCUUCCGCGCCCGCGCCCGUGGCUUCGCGAGUGCUCCGUCGUGCUUGUGUGUGGAAUGUGCGACACCCAUGCCCAGUGACAGCACCGCCGGCAGGAGCGGCGCUGCGCCCGUGACGGCGACGGUAACCGUCACGACCAAGACGUCGACGACGCACGCAGUGGCCGCCAAGAGGACCCGCAGCGCAGCCACGUUCAUGUCCACCGCCAAGACGACGCGCGCAGCAGAAACUAAGAGCGACUGGAGUCUACAGAUGGGGGUUCCCGCGGCGCUGCACUUCAUCGAGACCCGGUCACGCCUCUUCGUUGGUUGCAGGUUGUCGGCGCAGCGGCGGUGAGCGGCGCCACGCUCACGCUCCCAGC